AGACGCCGUCGUCGACGUCUUCACCGCCGGUGCUUCUCCUGCUACCCGCGGCCCCCCAGCCCCUCUCUCCGCCCGAGGCCCCGCGUCGGCCCUCCCGCCGAACCCCGCCGGGCGCUGCGAAGCCCCUGGCGUUGGCAAGGCCGACCCCGGCCCCGACGCCGCUCCGCCUCGCCCGACUGUCUCGAAUCUCUCUCCUCAGUGCUGUCUUCUUUCCCAGGACUGGUUUCGUGGGGGCCGCAGGCGCGCAGUCUCGCCCCCCGCCAGAGCGCCCUGGCUCGGCCCGGGAGCGGCUUCUUGUAGACGUUCGAGGAGCCUGCCGAGUGCCGUCCCGGCGCCCGACCGCCCACCGUCCGGCCCAUUGGCCCGCUUCUUCCUGAUGCAGACUGCCGUCCACUAGAGGCUGGACAGACCCCCGAGCUUCCAGGGUAUGGAUUGUGAACAAGGUGGUUUUGUUUCACGUGUUCAUUUGUGAUCCAUGGCAGGGGACAUGGAAGGAUUCUGUUCCUCCAUCCAUGACACCAGUGUCUCUGCUGGGUUCAGAGCACUGUAUGAGGAGGGAUUGCUUCUUGAUGUCACUCUGGUUAUUGAAGACCAUCAGUUCCAGGCCCAUAAAGCACUCUUGGCUACCCAGAGUGAUUACUUCAGAAUUAUGUUUACUGCAGACAUGAGGGAGCGGGAUCAGAACAAAAUUCACUUAAAAGGUCUAACUGCUACAGGCUUCAGCCACGUCCUUCAGUUUAUGUACUAUGGAACUAUAGAACUGAGUAUGAGUACAGUUCACGAGAUUCUUCAGGCUGCCAUGUAUGUUCAACUUAUAGAGGUGGUGAAGUUCUGCUGCUCUUUCCUGUUAGCGAAAAUCUGCUUAGAAAAUUGUGCAGAAAUUAUGAGACUCUUAGAUGAUUUCGGUGUAAACAUCGAAGGAGUCAGGGAGAAGUUGGAUACUUUUCUGCUAGACAACUUUGUACCACUCAUGUCCAGGCCUGACUUCCUGUCUUACCUGAGCUUUGAGAAGCUCAUGUCUUACUUGGAUAAUGAUCAUCUGAGCAGAUUCCCAGAGAUAGAGCUGUACGAGGCUGUGCAGUCUUGGCUGCGGCAUGAUAGAAGACGCUGGAGACAUACCGAUACCAUCAUUCAGAACAUCAGAUUUUGUCUGAUGACCCCAUCCAGUGUUUUUGAAAAGGUUAAGACAUCAGAAUUUUACAGAUACUCUCGACAGCUGCGCUAUGAAGUUGACCAAGCAUUGAAUUACUUUCAGAACAUUCACCAGCAGCCUCUGUUGGAUAUGAAAUCAAGCCGCAUCCGCUCUGCCAAACCCCAAACUACAGUAUUCCGAGGCAUGAUUGGACAUAGCAUGGUUAACAGUAAAAUACUUCUCUUAAAGAAACCAAGAGUCUGGUGGGAACUAGAGGGCCCACAAGUACCUCUGCGUCCAGACUGCCUUGCUAUCGUCAAUAACUUCGUGUUCUUGUUGGGUGGGGAAGAGCUGGGUCCAGAUGGCGAAUUCCAUGCUUCUUCCAAAGUGUUUAGAUAUGACCCAAGACAAAACUCUUGGCUCCGAAUGGCAGACAUGUCUGUGCCACGUUCAGAAUUCGCAGUUGGUGUUAUUGGGAAGUUUAUUUAUGCUGUAGCAGGCAGAACCAGAGAUGAGACUUUCUAUUCAACUGAGAGAUACGACAUCACCAAUGAUAAAUGGGAAUUUGUGGAUCCUUAUCCAGUUAACAAAUAUGGACAUGAGGGGACAGUGCUCAAUAACAAGUUGUUUAUCACUGGUGGAAUCACCUCAUCUUCCACUUCCAAGCAAGUAUGCGUGUUUGACCCCAGUAAAGAAGGGACCAUAGAACAGCGGACCAGGAGAACACAAGUAGUUACCAACUGUUGGGAGAAUAAGAGCAAAAUGAAUUAUGCCAGAUGCUUUCACAAGAUGAUUUCAUACAAUGGCAAGCUUUAUGUCUUUGGUGGUGUCUGUGUGAUCUUGAGAGCCUCUUUCGAGUCUCAGGGAUGCCCUUCCACAGAAGUGUACAACCCAGAGACUGAUCAGUGGACCAUCUUGGCAUCCAUGCCAAUUGGUAGAAGUGGCCAUGGUGUGACUGUGCUGGACAGACAAAUAAUGGUUCUUGGAGGCCUUUGCUACAAUGGUCAUUACAGCGAUUCUAUUCUCACCUUUGAUCCGGAUGAAAACAAGUGGAAGGAAGAUGAGUACCCACGGAUGCCCUGCAAGCUGGAUGGUUUACAAGUAUGCAACCUGCAUUUUCCAGAAUAUAUUCUGGAUGAGGUCAGACGUUGCAACUGAUGACAUCUUUCUCCCUUUAAAAAAGCCAAACAAAAUCCAUUUGUGACAAAGUAGUUAAUUAAAAAACAUAAGAAAAACCUCACCAGUUUUACUAUCAAAGCCAUUGGUCUAAUAUCGUAAAAAUGUUUUCAUUCUGUGCUAGCAUCCUUUUUUUUCUUUUUAGUGGCCUCAAACUCAUGCAAUAAGUCAGUUGUAAGCGCUAGCUCUUGAAACUACUUCCAGAAGCAGUUUAAUAGAACAAUUCACUUAUCUGGGAAGUUGAUGUUAUGCUUUAAACAUUUCUUUCAAAUGUCAGUGUAGGAGUCAUGCAUCUUCUAAGAGAAGACCUGAUAAGUGUCACUGGAUGUAAUUUCAGUUCCUAUCUCUAGCUGAAAUCUUUUUGAACAUUUAUUUCAGUCUGUUAGACUUUUUGAUUUUAUUAUUUAAGUUUAAAACUCUUGACCUUUUUGCAUGGCUUUUUGCUGAAAACGCAAAAGUAUAAAUUUUCUACAAGAUUAACUUUUUUAUAUUCAGAACACUAUUUCUAAGCUGCCUUCUCUUAUCUGCAUUGUGUUAGUGAAAGCAUAUCCAUACUUGCUUACAUCUUAUGAAUAUAUAAGGCACAUCCCCUUUUAUGCGUGGUUAGGAUUCUAUAUUUUUAAGCUAGUGCACUUGCACACACAGUUUGCCAUACGUGUUGUAUUUUAGAUGUAACGUCUUUUCAUGUAUUAACAUUUUUAGAAAGAUAAUAACUGGAGUCCUCGUUUCGUAUCAGAGUAGCCUAUCUUCAGUCCAUACUGAUUCAGUAAUAUUCAAACUCCUUAUAUUCCUGAAACGUAUGGUUUUAUGAAAGCUAACAUUUUAUGUUUUACUUUCAAAAGUAAACAUUAGUGUUCCUUAUCGAUGUAUGUCUUCUUUUUGAAAAUGUUUUUCUUUGCAGUCUGUUUAAUGUUACCCUGUUUUUAGUGAAAAUUGGAGUGGUAUGUGACAAGGCCUCGCCCUGCAGCGUGCAAGCACUUUUAAAGAGAAUUUAGGUAAUACCAGACUCCUAAAUAAAGGCCCCUUCAAAGUAAGUGCAACUCCCAUUCUUUGCAUUCAAUAAGGCUGCUGCAUCUGUUAUUGAAUGGAAAGUAGCAACUUGUGGAAAAUUUGAGCUCAGUUUUGACUUCGAGGUAAGGAAUAGAAUUAUAAUAUUAACUGGUCAUAUCUUCUUGUUUAUUUAGUACAAAAUAUUUAGCGGCGCUGGGGAUGUAAGCCCUCAGCUUUUGUUUUAUUUACUGAAAGCUACUAGCAUGAAGGAUAGUAACCUCCAAGUUCAGAGUGGAUCAAGAAUAACUGUUCAAAAUCAUUCUUAAGUGUUUGAGGAUUAGCCGCACCUUUCAACUGUUUCAACUCAAAGGAAAAACAUAUAGUUGUCAAAAUUAAGCAAGAAUAACCAGGGAGUGGAUCAUUCAAAUUGAUGCCAUUUUAUCCUGAGUAGAGUCUAUAUCUGAUACUAGAUCUACACUGGCAAAACUUGCCAGAUUUUAGAUGUUGGUGCAAUAUUGCAAUGCCUUCUAUACGGCUGUUGUAAAAAGUUUCGAGUUUCACUUUUUUUUUUUCUUUCUUUCUUUUUUUUUUUUUUUUUUUUGCUGCUGCCACCACUGAACAUAAAAUGGAAAUGCGAAAUCAUGGUAAAAAGGAAACGCGAAAUCAUGGAAAUGUGAAGACUUGUUUCAUUUUUGCGAUUAAAAUAGACAACUGAAAAAGACCUGAUUUUAAAACUCCACGGCUUGAGGCAUUUGAGUUUAAGAAACAGUCAGGUACAGAAGUAGUUUUGUUUUUUUUAAAGCAAAACAUUGGGAUUGGUUUUAGAAAUCAGGUUAAUAUUCUUCAUAUAUGAGACAGAUUUUUUAUUAAGUGGUCCUCAUUGUUGUCUUUUGCUGAAAAAGACUGAGACAGGGUACCCCUAUCAGGCUUUUACACUCCCGUGGUGGUUCUCUUUAAUUGCUUAGAUAUGACUCCUGUCAUAGAGAAGGCAAUGGCACCCCACCCCAGUACUCUUGCCUGGAAAAUUCCAUGGAUGGAGGAGCCUGGUGGGCUACAGUCCAUAGGGUCGCAAAGAGUCAGACACGAGUAAGCAAUUUCACCUCACCUGUCAUUUUAGUUUCUAAAAAUUAAAUUUGAUAUCUUGUUUCCCAUGGUUAUAUGGGUAAAAGUCUUUUUAUACAUCUGAAAAAUCAUUUUUAAUCAUGGAAAACUAGCAAUUAGGUGAGCCAUUUGGUUCUUUUUCUAAUGUAUUAGUUGGUGUAGUGUUUUAUAUGUGUGCUAUCUUGAUUUAAAGAAAAUAACAAUAAUGUCUUAUUUUCCUCAUUGUUGUCUUUUGCUGAAAAAGACUGAGACAGGGUACCCCUAUCAGGCUUUUACACUCCCGUGGUGGUUCUCUUUAAUUGCUUAGAUAUGACUCCUGUCAUAGAGAAGGCAAUGGCACCCCACCCCAGUACUCUUGCCUGGAAAAUUCCAUGGAUGGAGGAGCCUGGUGGGCUACAGUCCAUAGGGUCACAAAGAGUCAGACACGAGUAAGCAAUUUCACCUCACCUGUCAUUUUAGUUUCUAAAAAUUAAAUUUGAUAUCUUGUUUCCCAUGGUUAUAUGGGUAAAAGUCUUUUUUUAUACAUCUGAAAAAUCAUUUUUAAUCAUGGAAAACUAGCAAUUAGGUGAGCCAUUUGGUUCUUUUUCUAAUGUAUUAGUUGGUGUAGUGUUUUAUAUGUGUGCUAUCUUGAUUUAAAGAAAGUAACAAUAAUGUCUUAUUUUCCUCAUUGUUGUCUUUUGCUGAAAAAGACUGAGACAGGGUACCCCUAUCAGGCUUUUACACUUCUGUGGUGGUUCUCUUUAAUUGCUUAGAUAUGACUCCUGUCAUAGAGAAGGCAAUGGCACCCCACCCCAGUACUCUUGCCUGGAAAAUUCCAUGGAUGGAGGAGCCUGGUGGGCUACAGUCCAUGGGGUCGCAAAGAGUCAGACACGAGUAAGCAAUUUCACCUCACCUGUCAUUUUAGUUUCUAAAAAUUAAAUUUGAUAUCUUGUUUCCCAUGGUUAUUGGGUAAAAGUCUUUUUAUACAUCUGAAAAAUCAUUUUUAAUCAUGGAAAACUAGCAAUUAGGUGAGCCAUUUGGUUCUUUUUCUAAUGUAUUAGUUGGUGUAGUGUUUUAUAUGUGUGCUAUCUUGAUUUAAAGAAAAUAACAAUAAUGUCUUAUUUUCCUCAUUGUUGUCUUUUGCUGAAAAAGACUGAGACAGGGUACCCCUAUCAGGCUUUUACACUCCCGUGGUGGUUCUCUUUAAUUGCUUAGAUAUGACUUGUAGCCCUAGUUAAAACCCACUCCAGUGUUCUUGCCUGGAAAAUGCCAGGGACGGGGGAGCCUGGCGGGCUGCCGUCUAUGGGGUCGCACAGAGUCGGACACGACUGAAGCGACUUAGCAGCAGCAGCAGCCCUAGUUAAAGUAAGAUGGAACAAACAAUUGAAUAUUCUUGGUCUUCAUUGUAAAAGCACAAGGCCAAGAUGAAAGUUCAUGUUUUGGAAAAUUUGUGAAAUCUUAACUUGAACUAAUUCUGGGUUCAGCUUCACACGUGAGUCAUGUCUGACCUGAUGUUAGCUGUAAUCAGUUUUGAGCUUUAAGAAUAGUUGUUAUUGCUUGGGUUCUGAAUGUAUGAGAAAACUCUUCUGUUUAUUUGUAGUUCUGACUUAGGUUAUUUUAAAUCCAUGAUUAACAUACAUUCCCUUUUAAAAUUAUGGUUUAAUUGCUGAAAGAGAUUUAUUUUUGUUAUACUAGACUAUGGAAAAUUUUUUCAUAGAAUUUUUUUCAAGUUUAUUUUUUGUGUGCUUCAUUUGGAACCAUUUUUGUUUAUAUACAUUGUAUGUGCUCAAAAUAGUUUUUUUUUUUUAAUUCAGUAAGAGAUUUAAAACUACAGUGUAACACGUUGUGAUCUUUGUGUAUUUUCACUUUACAUUUUAAAUGCCAGACUUUACAAAAAUAGCUGAUCUUUAUUAAUUGCAUCUUAAUUAGAAACGUUUGUUCUCUUCCAUGUCUUUGACCUUCUAAGUUUUUAUUUUAGUCUGCUUAAAGAAAAUCCUUGCACUACAACCUUUUCAUAAAAUUCAAGAUUCUCACAUUGAAGGUUUUGUAUUGGAAGAAAUACUACUGGUUUUUAAAAAGCAAGGCUUAAUUAAUAGAAUUAUUAGCAUUUCUUGAGACAGCUUUCUGUGUCCUCAUUACUCUGUGUGAGUGUUACUAUAAUUUGUGAAAUAUUGACUGAGCCCUUCACUUAUCUUUUCUGAAGCAGCACCUUUGGACACCUCAUUCUGGGAAGCCUGCUCGAGUUAGAGUAAAGGACACACAUAUUUGUGUGGGGAGAAGUGGUAAAAAAUGGAGAGUUGUGUCUUAAUUACAUGAAACUAAGCUUUAAAAUAUUUUAUAACAAAUUAUUUGAGCUGCAUAAUCUAAACAUGUCAAACGUUCAGUGGGACUAUUUUUAUAUAUGUAUAUGUGGUUGUAGGUCAUAACAUUUCAGUUUAUAAUAUAAAUUGUUAUUUCAGUUUAUAAGCUAUCUCUCAGAAAAGACUAGCUCUUUUGAGAAUACAUAAUUUAAAGUUUUAGAGUGAAGUAAAACACAACAUAGAUAAUAGUAAAAUUAGAUAUAAAUGAGGGCUAUAUGGCAGUAAAACUGCUAGUGCCAUUUUUCCUCUUUGCCUAUUACACAUUUUUUAUUUUAUUUUUUUUGUACUCUGAACAUUUUUAGGGAUCAUCUAUCAGAUUAGAGUUGGUUUGGGAAUAAGUAUCUUCUAAACAGAGAUUUAUCUUAAAAAUGAAAGUCCUGAAAAAUUAGUUUAUCAAGAGUUUAUAAAGUCAAAUAUUCCAUAGACAUAGACUGGAAUAGGUAAACUCAUGAAAGUCGUAUCCUUUCAGUAUACCAGUAUAACUUCAAUAUUACAUGAGUAACAUUGAGAGAAUGCCAUUAGCUUUGUUCCCCCUUAAUAUUGGAUUUUCGUUUCACAUCUUUGGGAACAACUACAUUAAGAACCUUAUUCAUCAGUAUAUCAGUAAGGAUUAGGUGUUUGCUUUCCGAAAGAAUGUUCCAGUGAGGUGAUCAGAGAGGUUAUUUUCUAUCUAACUUGUUUAUGCCCUAUACCUCUUGGGCAUACUUUGUCUAUAGAAGAAAUAUUUUGACCUUUAGGUACCUUUUGGGCCAGUAGUCAAGUAAUCCUAGGACUGAUUUAAAAAUCUUAGACUAAUUUAAGGUUUGCCUUUUAUACCUAUUUUGAAAGCCUUUACAUUUCUGUCAGGUAAUUUUUCCCAUGCCGUGAAUAUAAUCUAUUCAAAACAUGUUUAUGCUAUCCAUUCUGUUUUUAAAUUGAAAAAAAUGUUAAAAGUGUUUAUGAAGAAAAGUUUAAAUAAAAUAUUUUCAAUCUUUAAAAUAUA